CGCAUCACCAGACGCCCGUGCAGGACGCGUUCCCACACUAACCGAGAUUUGCCGUGAUUUGUACAAUCGUUGUCACUACUGGAAUCCGUUUCUUCCGCAAGUUUUGUCUGAGCUCCCCGGGAAUUGGACAUGUCUUUCCCUCAGCUGGGCUACCCUCAGUUCCUCGGUGCGUCCCCAGAGGUAUACGGAGUCGAGAGAGCGAGCGUCAUGCCUACUUCACCAAGGGAAGGAAGCUCCGACAGCAGCACAAAUCCGCCAACGUCUGUGGCAGCUAUUACGCCAAUACUGGGCAUGUAUGCGAACCCGUGGAACGCGCAAAGCUACAGCGCCUUCUUACCGUACAACAGCACUGAACUGGCCCUGCUGUCCCAGAUGGGCUCACAAUACGAGCUAAAGGAUAACCCUGGGGCUCACACACCAGGAUUCACGGUCCAUACCGCUCCUGGCUUCUAUCCGUAUCAGUACGGAGAUCCCGCGCGGGCCAAAAGCGCGACUAGAGAGACCACGAGCACACUUAAAGCGUGGCUGCAGGAACACAAGAAGAACCCUUACCCUACCAAAGGCGAAAAGAUCAUGCUGGCCAUUAUAACCAAAAUGACCCUGACACAGGUGUCCACCUGGUUCGCCAAUGCUCGCCGGAGACUCAAAAAGGAGAACAAGGUGACCUGGGGGCGCAGUGCCGAGGACAGAGACGGGAGGAUAUUCGACAGCGACAACGAGGAGGACGUGGAUAAGAACGAGGACGAGGAGGAAAUCGAUUUAGAAACAAUUGAUAUUGACCAGAUAGACGAAAGUGGCGCUGAGCUAAAUAAGGAGAUGAAUGGGGCUAAGGUGGACGAGCAAACCGACAGGGAAAACGCGGAAACUCCACGGACGUUAUCCUCGCCUGCACUAACGAACACAACCAGUACGGUUUCGGUUAAUAAAGACCACAGCGUUGGCAAAAGUGGCGGAGAGGGUUCACCCAGCGGGCCCGCGUGUCAAAGGCCUGUAAACAGUAAGCCAAAAAUAUGGUCAUUAGCAGAAACAGCGACAAGUCCCGAUAACACACAGAAGCUGAACAUCCCCUCGACGCCUGCGGGCCUAAGGGCCUCUCCGUCCGCUCACCCGGCUUUUCUUUCGACAAAUGGAAUUUACACGUGCCAGAUUGGGAAACUGAAUAACUGGGCUAGCGCGGCUUUCCUUAGCGCGAACUCUCUGAUGGGUGUACGGUCGCUAUUGGGAGUAAGUCAAAGUAACCACUACUUAAACCACAACCCAGUGACAGGCCCCGAGAAGAAAACACCGACUGUCACUGGACAGCCGUGCGUAAAUGCUGACAGCGAGAACUCCUCCGACAGCUUUAGUCCCCUACAUAACGAUCAAGAAAAUGUCAAGAGAAAUGAAUCUCCCACGCUUGCGCUGAGGCCGCCAUUUCCAGUCAUCCAUGACAGGUCUCACCACGAAACAGCUCAGCGGGCUUUGAAGACUAUUUCCUGAAGAUGGAAAUCGUCAAGAAUUUACCUAAAUUAUUAAAUGAAACGAACGUGUAUCAGAUAAAAACCAUCGAACACACCAAAAAGUAUUUUAUAGGCUAUGUCUUAAUAAAUCCCAACGUUGUAACUACUUUUCAUUUUACAUUUAUUCUAAAUUCAGCAUGUUUGUGUUUAUCCUGUGACUCGUUUUCAUCACUUUUACAAACUUAAUCCGAUUAUUCGUCAAAGGCCAAUUUGUGUAAAUGAUAUAUUUUUGUGUAAU